AUAGCUCCGCGACCAGCGACGAAACUGCAAAGAAGGAAAUAUGGCUGCAAGGUUACUGCUCCGCUCGGCUCUCCGUGCCGCCGCGACCCGCCCGGCGGCCCUGGGGCCCGCCGUUACCCGUGGCAUGGCAGCCGGAGGGAUUCCCACUGACGAGGAGCAGGCCACCGGACUGGAGAAGGUCAUCAUGACCGCCAUGAAGGAGGGAACGGAUCCUUACAGCAUGAUGAAGCCCAAAGAGUACGCCGGCUCCAAGGCCGACCCCCACCUCGUCCCCUCCAUCACCAACAAGAGGAUUGUGGGAUGUGUCUGUGAGGAGGACAACACGGCCGUGGUGUGGUUCUGGCUCCAUGCGGGCGAGGCCCAGCGCUGCCCGUCCUGUGGGUCCCACUACAAACUGGUGGCCCACGAGCUGCCCCACUAACCUCUCAUCUCUGUCCUCGGUGUUCGAGUCGUCCGGUCGCUCUCCGACUCGUUUCGUCUCUGUUCUACUUGACUCUCAACCUGCUGACCUCACCAGUCUCACCAGUUACACAGGGAUCAACAGUUUCUUCAAACAUUUCCAUUCAUGCAGUUUACAUUUACACAUGUACUGAACAGCGUUACACUCUCCACCUCACUCCUUUUAUCUGACCAAUAAAGUCUCUACUGAUAUCUA